UGGGGGCAGUGGGGGGCCAGCGUCCAUGUUGAUUUUCGCUCGUUGAUUUCAGCCACCCAAAAAUCUCCUUGCCGCCGCCACUUUAAGCGCAAAUGCUGAGCUGAAGGCCGGGCGCAUCGACAACCGUAUUUGUGCUGAGUGCAACGACCACCCCUAACACCGCUGGCUGAAGCUGUGCUGGUGGCUGCUGGUGCUACAAGCCUGAAACUUUUGAGCAUAGAUUGGGGCAUCGACACUGACCAGCGAGCACUGUCAUGGGACUGAAGACCAAGACGACCACAACAUCGCCCAAGACAGACGUAAAGACCGCAUUCUGUGUCCAAGCUGGUCAUGCCAACGCCUUCAAAACAAAACCUGCAACACCCAACAGUGAUGCCAUCAACUCCUCCGAUGAGAUCAGACCGUCCCCGGCGAGUCGUGAAAGUGCACCGACCCUGGUCUCCAACAGUCAGUCAGCCUUCAAGAACAAAGGCCAUCAAAAAGGAGGCAACCCCAGUGGAGGAAACUACAGACAAUAGUGCAGAUGAUGAUGUUGGUUGCAAUGAUCAUGAUAAAUUUCUUGGUAUAGAGUACAAUGAUGGCAUCAACGACUUCAUUUUGUCUAUAACAGAGGAAGUUGCUCGUAAACGCAAAUCGUUCUCAAUCAAGGAAAAGCUAGACAUUCUCAAAGAAGUCGAGAAAGGCAGCAAAAGGGUUGACAUUUGUCGGAAGUACGGCAUCUCGGCUUCAACCUUGUCCACGUUCGUUAAACACAGAGAUGCCUUCGUGACUGCUUCCCGUCAGAACCUUUCCGAGCUUAAGAGGUUACGCGGAGCUAGGCGAUUACGGCGAUAUUCGAGACCGGAAAAAUCAGUGUCCCCGACUGCCAGUGAGUCUUCAGAUUUGGUAGUCAUCAAGCAGGAGGCAAAAACAGAAGCCUUAGACGGUGCUAUUGACAGUGAUGUCGAUGAUCAGUCAGCUGUUCUUGCAGGAGGCAUAGACGAUGCUAUUGAUGAUGUUGUCGAUGAUCAAGCUACUGGUGUUCUUGCAGGAGCCAUAGGUGGUGACGAUAAUGUUAAUGAUGAAGCUACUUGCCUUCUUGCACAAAACGCCAUAGAUGAUGCUGUUGACGAGGAUGUCGAUGAUAAAGCUACUGGCCUCCGUGAAAACGAAUGCAAUGACGUCACGGAUGACGCCAUUUUGCCUACGGCAGAUGAAGUCAUUGGACGAGUCAUUCGCAAACGCAAGUCAUUCUCGGUCAAGGAGAAGCUGGCCGUUCUCGCUGAAGUUGAGACUGGCCGGAAGAAGGUGGACAUCUGCCGGGAAUACGACAUCUCGAUGUCAACUUUGUCGUCGUUCAUGAAUCACAAAGACGUCUACAGGACCGCUUUCCAGGAAAGCCGCUGCAAGGCGAGGAAAUUGCGUCGAUCGAACGCAGAAGACCUGAGCCGCGCGUUGCUCCGUUGGUACCAUCAGUCCAGUGCCUUGGGAAUCCCGAUUAAUGGUCCUCUUCUGCGGAACAAAGCCCAACACCUUGCCAGAUGCCUCGGCUACCAAGACUUUACUGUCUCUACUUCCUGGAUUCAUCGUUUCAGGAGAAGGCAUUGCCUGAACGAACAUGAUCAGCAGUACAAGAACGCUCGACAGGACCUUUCCGACGCAGACGCUUGGCUGACCACGUCAUGGCCUCUGAUCUCCUCCGGUUACUCUCCAUGGGACAUCUUCAGCGCUGUUGAGGUUGGGAUCCUCUUUAGAGUUCUUCCCGGCAAUGCCCGUCAAUUUCGUGGCUCCAUCUGUGAGCAAGGCCAGUGUGCCGACGAGAGGCUCACUGUGUUCCUCUGUGCGAACAUGGCCGGAGAUGAGAAGAGGCCACUGCUUGCCGUAGGGUGUGGACCCUUGUCGAAUCCAGCCGCUGCGUCCAGCGUAAGAUACGGCUUCAAUGAAAGGGCCUGGAUGACUCGAGAUAUUUUUGUCGAAGAACUGAAGCGUUGGGACUGCGAGCUGGACGCGCGGAAGCGGAAGAUACUUCUACUCGUCGACCAUUGUCCCUGCCACCUUGUCAGCGGAAAAGUCGACUUGCGCAACAUCGAGGUCGUCUAUCCACCACCCAACAAAGGAGGAAAUCUGCUGCCUCUCGAUCACGGCGUCGUUCAAGUCUUCAAGAGACGCUACCGGAAGGUUCUCCUGGUCCACUCUGUGCUUCAAAAGGUACCGAGGCCGCCACCGCUCGAGGAGGCGCUCCGACUCCUGAACUCAGCUUGGAAAAAGGUGAAAGGUCUGACGGUUCGGCUCGCCUUCGCGGCGUGUGGUCUUCACAGCGACAGCACUUUUGACGACUGCGCCGACGACUCGGACAACAUCCCACUCGAAGAGUGGGCUUCCCGAUUCAAUUUGAGGGAGGAUUUAGUGAGCGGGAUUUGGGAGUAUGACUGCAUCGAUGAUUUUCUUGUGACGUCUGGGAAGCUUGAAGCCGAGGGACUCCACGCAUACCCUGGUGCUGUUGCCGCGGAUGUCUCUGCGAGUUCGGAAGAACAGCCAUCAUUUUCCCUCGGUGCCUUGGAUGCCGUGGGUGUGCUGAUGGAGUUUUGUGAAAAGUCGGCGUCCUUGUCGUCGGCAGGGGACGGCAGUGUAAUGGAAGCUUUGGUAGAACUGCGAACAAGUAUCGAAGCGAUCGCAUUUCAGAGCAAUUACGGAGUGAAGAGUGAAUGACUCGUGCGGGUCACAUGUGAUAGUGCGAGCUGAAAGCGUUGAUGCCUCUUCGCAAAAAAAAAAAAAAUUAAAUGUUAAUUUAGUUGUCGAUGUAUUUAUUCGCUGUAAAAAAUGUUUUCAUGUCUUUUUUUUUUUUUUGUUGUCAAAUUUAGUCUAAACGGGCGUUUUGGACUCUAUAAGUCGAUUUUGUUUUCCCUUCUGAACCAUCUUUUCUUGUUUGUUUCUAUGUAUUCUUUGGGGCUUUAUCAAUUCCACCUUUGGUAUUUCAGUAAAUUUAGACGCCUGUUCAUCUCGUGCUAAGACGGUUUUAAUAAAGUUGUAAUGCUA